AAAGCCUUGGAGCACAAUAUUGUGGGACGUUGACAGGAGGGGCGGAAUAGGGAGACUUUGUGAGUGUUUUGUUCUACAUCAGCGAUCAUUCGCAGUUUGUGUAACUGUUCUGCAGCGUGAAGCUUUUGAGAGAAAAAAAAAGAAGUGCGAUCUGGUGGUUAUUAGACUUCCUGUCUGAAAUCGCAAGUCAGUCAGUCACACGUCCCGAAAAUGAGAAACUUUUACUCAUAAACGCCCUUCAGGAGCCAGUGAACGCUUCACUGUUGGAUUAAAUAUUUUUGGACGACAGUUUGGGUGUUUAAUGAGAAGAUCACUGAGAUUUCACCCCAUCACUGCUGCACCGUUUCGGCGUUCAGGAUGAUGAACAGUGUGUGUGUGAUCACAGUUUUGUUUUUGGCUUCCCUCAACUCGUGUUAUCCUCUUCAUGAUGAUGUGGACAUGGCUGAUAUAAUGACUGUGAAAACACUGGAUCGAUUUAAAGUUCACUUUAGCUGGCGCAACAUUAGCUGUCCGGUGUGUAAAGCUGUCUUCACCGUGGUGGACAUUGCCCUUUUGAGUGACUCGAACAUGGAGCAUGUGGCUCGUGCAGUAGGAGAAGCCUGUGUCCGUUUGCACUUGGCAGAGGAAAGUGUGUGCUGGGAAAUUACGGAGCUCUUCCGUGACGACUUCAUUCGUGCCCUUCAGGAGUCUCUUCUUUGGCCAUCAGAGGCCUGCGCCUUACUUGUGGGACCGUCAUGUGGUCAUUUUGACAUCUAUGCCCCCUGGAACAUCACCCUGCCCCAUGUCCCCAAACCUCCAGUGGUCCCUCCCUCACCACCCAAACCUGGCUCUCCUCAAAGCAGGGUGCUCUUCCUUACUGAUAUCCACUGGGAUGCUGAGUACUCUGAGGGCAGCGCGGCCGACUGCAAACAGCCCUUGUGCUGCAGGGACGAGUCUGGAAGAGCCAACUGGAGGCGCCGGGCUGCAGGUCACUGGGGUACCUACAGCAAGUGUGAUCUCCCACUGCGUACAGUAGAAAACCUGCUGCAGAAUGUAGCCAAGGCUGGACCCUGGGACUGGGUCUACUGGACUGGGGACAUCCCUGCGCACAAUGUUUGGUCCCAAACGAGGGCACAGCAGCUAAAUGAGCUGACUACCAUCUCCAGACUCAUCAGGAAGCACCUCGGACCUGACGUUACCGUGUACCCAGCCGUGGGCAACCAUGAGAGCACACCAGUCAAUAGCUUUCCUCCUCCAUUUGUGCACGGCAAUCGUUCUUCCCGAUGGCUAUAUGACACCAUGGCAGAAGAAUGGGCUCCCUGGCUGCCUGCUCAAGCUCUGAAGACUUUGCGCCGAGGAGGUUUCUACACGGCUCGGGUUCAGCCAGGUCUGAGGGUGGUGUCGCUGAAUAUGAACUUCUGUGCAAGGGAGAACUACUGGCUGUUGGUGAACUCCACAGACCCAGCGGACCAGCUUCAAUGGCUUGUACACAUCCUGCAGGAGGCUGAAAACAAGGGAGAAAAGGUGCACAUUAUUGGCCAUAUCCCCCCUGGACUCUGUCUGAGCAGCUGGAGCUGGAACUACUAUCACAUAGUCAACAGGUACGAGAGCACUAUAACAGGCCAGUUUUUUGGACACACACACUACGAUGAAUUUCAGGUGUUUUAUGAUGAAGAGACACUGACCCGAGCAGUUGGUGUGGCUUACAUUGCUCCAAGCGUAACCACUUACAUUAACCUGAAUCCAGGCUACCGUGUAUAUUAUAUUGAUGGUAACUACUCUGACAGCAGUCGUCUAGUCCUGGAUCAUGAGAACUUUAUCCUCAAUCUCACCUUGGCAAACGGUUUUCAAGAUAACUCCUCAUGGUUGCCAAAACCUGACCCGGACCCAGCAUGGACAUUGCUGUACCGGGCCUCUCAGGCCUACGGUGUGCCUGCCUUGUUCCCCUCUCACUGGGAAGCUCUGGUCCGAGCCUUCAUUACCAAUGACCACAUCUUCCAACAAUUCUGGUACUUUAUGCACAAAGGCCAUGUGUCAGAGCCCUGCAAGGAUGUGUGUAAGAGCACGCUGAUCUGCUACUUGCGCAGUGGCCGUUAUGACCUGCUGGAACAGUGUGAUCGCAUUGAUGAACUCAAGAAGACGAGAGUACGUUCUGUCAUAAAGACUCUGUGCUGAUCCAGUUAGACACUUGCCGAAGUUAAGAAUUCCACAGCUAGUAUAAAUGAGUUCAGUUAUCACUAGUGAUUUCUCAAAAUUGGAAACUUUUGUGUUGUUUUGAAAAGUAGGAAUUUCACUGAGCCAAGUUUUCAGGGUUUCUGUAAUAUGUCAUAUGCACUUUGUGAUUAUGAUUGUGCUAUUUGUUAUCCAAAGAUCAGCCUGUUUGGAAUCACUGUGUUUCAGGAUUAUUUUAUUAAUGCUUGGCACUGAUUACUAAUUACAGGUAAGUCAUUGUGUAUUUGGAUGGAAUGCUGUGGCUUUUGUGGUAGAAACGCAUUCCUGGUUAGCUUGUAUUGUAGUUAGUGACAGUGCUGUGCAAUGAUGAAACAACCUUAAAAUGAAAAAUCCAUUACAUUUAAUUGAAGGAGAACUAGAAUGCACACUCAUGCUAAAAUCUCAGAUGAUGUAAAGGUCAUGGUAUCGAAACUGCACUCUUAUGUACUUUACCUCCUACCAUUGUAGACUUCCUGCUUGUUUCAUAAUGGAGUGCAGUGAUAUGAUUUAACCUCAGCACCCCCCUUUUUUUUUUCUUUUUUUUUUUUUUAUAAUCACUGCUUCUGCUAUAUUUACUAGGACUGAUUUCAUGUCAGACCAUUGGUUUUCAAAGCUAUAGUGUAAGCUUUUCGGUGUACCCAGUUUGGAUAUUACUCAACAGUAGAAUGUUACACAUAGCAAUUUCCAUUAUAAGUUACAGUUGACGUUACCUUGGCCUUCAUAGCCCAGAAUGUAGCAGAUUUAAUGCACAGUCUCUAGUAACUGAGAAUACUGUUGAGUUUAGAAUGUAUGUGUGUGUAAAAUUUUGAUUUAACUGAUGUAAAUGUUGAGUGAAAGAUUAAAUUAAAAAUUCCACAAUCCUAUCACAGUUCUAUCACAUUUUUUUUCUAAGACAGCUGUAUGUAUGUGAUCUAAAAGUAUAUGAAUCUGUCUCUCUCAUGUUUUUAUUUAUUUAUUUUAAACAUAAUUUUGUUGGGUAGGUUUAAAGAUAACAGCGUAGAAUAAUGUCUAAGGUACUAUCCCACCAUGUCUACCGUAACAGGGAUAAAUGCAAAAUUGGUCCUGGAUGGCAUUCUUAGUGUGAACAGUUUAGAGCUCAUCCCUCAAGAAAUAUCAACAUGUAGGCGAUAAAACAAUAAUAUCCAAAACAAAAUAUUUUCCUAACGAAUACCUUUUCUGCAAGUUUAAUUUAUAAUCUCAUUGCACAGACCAUAUAAAAAUGUAAAUGUUAGUUUUAUUGAUAUGGGUGACCUCAUGACAUCACUAAAUAAUGCCCAUUUGAAUAUUUAAUUUAGUUUAAUAUACAGUAGUAAUGUUUUGCCAGUUUGAAUGUUGUGUCUAUGGUAUGUAAAUUAAUGCAUGCAAUGUAUAUACUAUAUGCCCAAAAGUAUUUGGACAAUUCAUAACACACCCAUUGAAUAUCCCAUUCCAAACCCCUGACCUCAAUCCCAUUGAACACCUUUGGGACGAAUUGUAACAGACCUCGUACAACAUCAGUGGCUGACCUCAAUCAUGCGCUUGUGGCUGAAUGGGCAAAUCUUCACAGCCGUAUUCCAAAAUCUAGUGGAAAGCCUUCACAGAAAAGUGGAGGUUAUUACAGCAAAGGGGGACUAAAUCUGGAAUGGGAUGUUCAAAAUGCACAUAUGGGUAUGAAUGGUCAGGCGUCCAUAAACAUUUGGCCACAUAGUGUAUCAAUAGGGAUAGUGACUGAAGGGACAUCUGUAUUUAGAUCACUGGGAAGGACAGUGUUGGGAGUUCUGGUUGUGGCAGCCCAGCACCUUAAAAGGGCAAUUUUUAAAUAGUCUUUUUACCCCAAUGUCACCCAUUUGCAUCUGCACUAAGGGAUUAGUUAACUAAUAUUAGAGGGUUCAUUAAUUCUUGAUUGCCAGUUAUGGUAUCAAAGAUAACUGAUACAGUAUUUCUGAUGUGUAUCUAUACACAUUUUAACUAUUGCCUUAAAUCACUGUCUUUUUUUUAUAAUUUCCAUCAAAUUGCAAGGGUGUUCAGCUCCACUCUGUGUACACAUAAACCCAAUUUAACCCCUGUUUACAAAGUCCUUUUUUUUAAAGAUGUUUGCAUUACAACAGCACAUCUUCAGCUUUGCAUAUCAUUCCAUUCUCAAUGUGGAAAAAAUAAAGUCUGGAAGCAGGAUUUA